AUGGAGGAGAAGCCGAGUCAAGAUCAUUCAACAGCAGCAGAGAACAACAGGGAGAAACACUCUCAAACAGACAUCAAGUGCAGCGACAGGUGGAUUCAAUCGUCUGUGAAUAAUCAAGAUUGCAACAUGUAUCGUCAUCUGCUGCAUCUCUGUCUUCUUCUGUCAGUAUGCCGGAUCAGCUCAGUGUUGAGCUGCAGGUGGAUCAGAAAUAAGUUUCAGCAGCAUCAUGGAGUCUCUCUGGAUCUCAUUGGAAAGAUGGGUGGGAAAAUCAUGAAGGAACAUUUGGAUUUAAAUCCCAUCCCAUAUGACUUGAUCAGCAACCACAGGAGUGCAGAGCCGGAGAAACAGAUCCUGUUCGUCAUUCAGAUUCUGGUAGAGAUCACGGAACUCUUUGAGGAUGCUGUUUCUGCCCCCUUCGAUGAUAAAAAUAUGGAUGAUUUCUUAAACAUCAUCCAUGAGGAGAUUAAUGGACUACGCUCAUGUGGUGCUUUCAAAAUGAAGAGGAACAAAAAGCUGCAUCUGUAUUUUGAAAGACUGAGAUAUAUGACACAACUUAACACAGAGAAUGUGGCUAAAAGCUGGGAGAUUGUCAGGAAACGGGUCAUAAGCCUCAUGAAGCAGCUGGAGUUCUUCUCUUUCAACACUCAUGUUUAA